AUGUCCAAACUUAUGAUUGGACACUUAAACAUCAACUCAAUCAGAAAUAAAUUUGAACAUUUAAACAAUCUCUUGUGUGAUAAAGUUGAUAUUUUCUUAGUAUCAGAAAAAAAACUUGAUGGAAGUUUUCUGAACUCACAAUUUCAUAUGGAUGGUUUUUAUCCACCAUUCAGAAACGAUAGAAACCAAUAUGGUGGAGGUGUUAUGUUUUAUGUUAGAAAUAACAUUGUUUGCAGAGAAAUCGAUAAAUCGUCCUUACCAGAAGAUAUAGAAGCAAUAUUUUUGGAAAUUAAUUUACGUAAACAAAAAUGGAUUGUUGCUGGCAUUUAUAAACCACCAUCCUUGAAUACUAAAUAUUUUACAAGAUGCAUUCGUGAGUUUCUUUCGAAAAUUAAUUCUUAUAAUAUUAUUUUAAUGGGUGAUUUCAAUGCUGUUGAACAUGACGAUGAUAUGUUACUUUUUAAUUCAGAGUUGCGUUUAAAAAACCUCAUUAAAAAACCAACGUGUCACAAAUCAUUACAAAAUCCAUCAUGUGUCGAUCACAUAUGGGUGUCUGAUUCUAAACGAUUCCACCACACCAGCAUUUUGGAAAACGACCUUUCUGAUUAUCACGAUAUAGUUGUAACUUUCUUAAAUGUGGAAAUACCAAAGAAAGAUCCUAAAAUUAUAAAUUAUCGUUGUUACAGACUUUUUAAUGACGAACAUUUUAAACAUGACCUUGAGUCACUUAUUGCAUCAAAAAAUGACUUAAAUUACAACGACUUUGACGAACAAUUCAGUCAGUUGGUCAGCAAACACGCCCCUAUAAAAUACAAAGUUGUUAGAAAUAAUAACUCUCCAUUUAUAACAAAAGCAGUACGAAAGGAGAUAAUGAUUCGAUCGAGAUUUAAAAAUAUCUACAAUAAGCACCCUUCUAUUAAAAACUGGGAAAAUUUUAAAAGGCAAAGAAACAAAUGUGUCACUGUUUGUAGAGACGCGAAAAGAAUUUAUUACACAUCACUAAAUAUGAAAAACAUUUUUGAUAACAAAAAGUUCUGGAAAACUGUAAAGCCGAUAUUUUCCAACAAAUGUGUAAAAGAUACAGUCCAAGUAAUAGUUGAAAAUGAUUAA